UGGAAAAUCAUAUUCCUCAAUCUCACUCUUUUAUAACAAGAGAAUAAAAGAGUGAGAAAUUAUAGGAAUAUCAAAUUGUUGGAAACUUUUCGAAACUCCAACAUAAACCAACUCCCUAAUUUUAAUUAAUUACCUUGUAAUCUAAGAAAUUACUCAACUAGUUAUAUAUAUAAGGUGGAGAAUUAUAGAAGAAUGGAGGGGAUCGAAAAGGCGGCGGAGAGGGGGCGGAGCAUGGGGCGGAGCAUAAGUAGGAGCGUGAGCAGAGCGAGCUGGAGCAUGGAGGAGAUGUUCGCUUCGAGAAACCAUUCUCGGAGGAGCAGCAGCCACGUGGACGAAGAAGAGGAGGCUCUCAAGUGGGCCGCCAUCGAGAAGCUUCCGACGUAUGAUCGGCUGCGGACGAGCAUCUUCAAGCCGGCCCUUGAAAAUCAGCACGGUAAUAACAAUGGUUUCGUCCACAGAGAAGUAAUCGACGUCCGAAAGCUCGACAUAAACGACAGGCAGAGAUUCAUUGAUAGGAUUUUCAAGGUUGCUGAAGAAGAUAAUGAGAAGUUCUUGAAAAAGUUCCGAGACAGAAUUGACAAGGUUGGAGUCAAACUUCCAACAGUUGAGGUUAGGUUUGAGCAUUUGACAAUUGAAGCAGACUGCUAUGUUGGCAGCAGAGCACUUCCAACCCUCCCAAAUGCUGCUCUGAAUAUUGCAGAAUCGGCACUUGGUUGUCUUGGGAUUAGUUUGGCUAAGAGAACCAAACUUACCAUUCUAAAAGAUGCCACUGGCAUUGUUAAACCAUCAAGGAUGACUCUUCUAUUAGGUCCCCCAUCUUCAGGGAAAACAACCCUUUUGCUAGCUUUGGCUGGAAAGUUGGAUCCAAGCUUAAAGGUCAAAGGAGAAAUCACUUACAAUGGUCAUAAGCUCAAUGAAUUUGUGCCACAAAAGACUUCUGCAUACAUUAGCCAAAAUGAUGUUCAUGUUGGUGAAAUGACUGUCAAAGAAACCCUAGAUUUCUCAGCGAGGUGUCUCGGAGUUGGGACUCGAUACGAUCUCCUUGCGGAGGUUGCUAGAAGAGAAAAAGAUGCCGGAAUCGUUCCAGAGGCCGAAUUAGACCUAUACAUGAAGGCAACUGCAAUGGAAGGAGUUGAGAGCAGCCUCAUUACUGACUACACUCUCAGAAUUCUAGGGCUGGACGUAUGCAAGGAUACUAUUGUUGGAGAUGAGAUGCAGCGAGGGAUAUCUGGUGGGCAAAAGAAACGAGUCACGACAGGAGAAAUGCUAGUGGGUCCCACGAAAACACUUUUCAUGGAUGAGAUAUCAACGGGUCUAGAUAGCUCCACGACAUUUCAAAUAGUGAAAUGCCUACAGCAAAUUGUACGCCUCACAGAAGCAACAAUAUUGAUGUCUCUACUCCAACCUGCUCCUGAGACGUUCGAUCUGUUUGACGACAUUAUCCUCUUAUCGGAGGGCCAGAUCGUCUACCAGGGCCCACGAGACCACAUUCUCGACUUCUUUGCCAGUUGUGGCUUCCGCUGCCCCGAAAGAAAAGGAACUGCCGAUUUCUUACAAGAGGUGACAUCAAGGAAAGACCAAGAGCAAUACUGGGCGGACAGGAACAAGCCGUACCGGUACGUGCCGGUUCGCGAAUUCGCAAACCGGUUCGAGCGGUUCCACGUGGGAAUGCGGCUGGAAAACGAGCUGUCGGUUCCAUUCGACAAGGCACGAAGCCACAAAGCAGCCCUUGUGUUCUCAAAAUAUUCAGUCCCCAAAAUGGAGCUUCUCAAGGCAUGCUUUGACAAGGAAUGGCUAUUGAUAAAGAGAAACUCUUUUGUUUACAUAUUCAAGACGGUCCAAAUAAUCAUAGUGGCCAUAAUAGCCUCGACCGUGUUCUUGAGGACCGAAAUGCACUCUAGAAAUGAACAAGAUGGUGCUGUUUUUAUUGGUGCACUGUUGUUCUCCAUGAUCACAAACAUGUUCAAUGGCUUCUCUCAGCUUUCAUUGACCAUUGUAAGACUGCCCGUGUUUUACAAGCAAAGAGACCUCCUUUUCCACCCUGCAUGGACUUUCACUCUCCCAACUGCCCUCCUAACCAUUCCCAUAUCCGUGUUUGAAUCCAUUGUUUGGAUGAUCAUGACUUAUUACACCAUUGGAUUUGCACCCGAAGCUAGCAGGUUCUUCAAGCAACUAUUGCUGGUAUUUCUAAUACAACAAAUGGCUGCUGGGAUCUUUAGGCUUAUUGCUGGAGUUUGUAGGACAAUGAUCAUGGCCAACACUGGUGGGGCACUUGCUUUACUUCUUGUUUUCAUGCUUGGAGGUUUCAUUGUUCCUCGAGAUAAAAUUCCAAAUUGGUGGGUGUGGGGCUACUGGGUUUCACCUAUGUCAUAUGGUUUCAAUGCCAUUUCCGUGAAUGAAAUGUUUGCUCCUAGAUGGAUGAACAAAUUGGCUUCGGAUAAUUCGACCCGAUUAGGCGUGGCAGUACUUAAAAGUUUCAAUGUUUUUCCUGACAAAAAUUGGUAUUGGAUUGGAGCUGGAGCUCUUCUGGGGUUUGUGAUUCUCUUGAACGUCCUUUUCACAUUCGCGCUUAUGUAUCUAAAUCCACUUGGGAAACCACAAGCCAUUAUAUCUGAGGAAGAUGCACAGGAGAUGGAGGGAGACCAAGAAGAAUCCAAGGAAGAACCGAGACUCCAUAGGCCUAAGUCGAAGACUGAGUCGUUUCCUCGAUCCUUAUCUGCUUCUGAUGGAAACAACACAAGGGAGAUGGCAAUCCGACGAAUGAGCAGUCGAUCCAAUCGGAAUGGACUAAGUAGAAACACAGAUUCGACUCUUGAAGGGGCCAAUGGAGUUGCUCCCAAGAGAGGAAUGGUUCUUCCAUUCACUCCUCUUGCAAUGUCCUUUGACAGUGUCAACUAUUAUGUGGACAUGCCCGCGGAAAUGAAGGAACAAGGAGUAACAGAGGAUAGGCUGCAACUACUUUGUGAAGUGACAGGCGCAUUUAGGCCUGGAGUUUUGACUGCUCUAAUGGGAGUCAGUGGGGCUGGGAAGACUACUUUGAUGGAUGUUUUAGCAGGAAGGAAGACGGGAGGCUAUGUCGAAGGCGAUAUUAGAAUUUCCGGGUUCCCAAAGAAACAAGAAACCUUUGCAAGAAUUUCUGGUUAUUGUGAACAAAAUGACAUUCAUUCACCCCAAGUCACUGUCAAAGAGUCCUUGAUUUACUCUGCUUUCCUUAGGCUCCCUAAGGAAGUCAGCAAUGAGGAAAAGAUGGUUUUUGUGGAGGAAGUGAUGGAAUUGGUGGAGCUCAACAAUCUCAAGGAUGCCAUAGUGGGGCUUCCAGGAGUUACAGGGUUGUCAACUGAGCAAAGAAAGAGGUUGACAAUUGCCGUGGAGCUUGUCGCUAAUCCCUCAAUCAUUUUCAUGGAUGAACCGACUUCGGGUCUUGAUGCAAGGGCGGCCGCUAUUGUUAUGAGGACCGUGAGAAACACCGUCGACACUGGAAGAACCGUUGUCUGUACAAUUCACCAGCCUAGCAUUGAUAUCUUUGAAGCCUUUGAUGAGCUCCUGUUGAUGAAGAGAGGAGGACAAGUGAUCUACGCUGGACCUUUGGGCCGCAACUCUCAAAAGGUCAUUGAAUACUUUGAGGCAAUUCCUGGAGUGCCAAAAAUCAAACCAAAGUACAAUCCAGCGACGUGGAUGUUGGAAGUAAGCUCAAUAGCAGCCGAAGUCCGCCUUAAGAUGGACUUUGCUGAAUACUACAAAUCAUCAUCCUUGCACAAGCGAAACAAGUCUUUGGUAAAGGAAUUAAGUAAGCCACCACCGGGAGCAAAAGACCUCUACUUCCCAACUCAGUAUUCUCAGUCAACAUGGGGACAGUUCAAAUCUUGCCUAUGGAAGCAAUGGUGGACUUAUUGGAGAAGUCCUGAUUAUAACCUCGUUAGAUACUUUUUCACCUUGGCUUGUGCAUUAAUGCUUGGAACUAUUUUCUGGAAGGUUGGAACUAAAAGGGAGAGCACUGUUGAUCUGACCAUGAUCAUUGGAGCUAUGUAUGCUUCCGUGCUGUUUGUGGGAAUUAACAACUGCUCGACGGUGCAGCCAGUAGUGGCCGUAGAAAGAACAGUGUUCUAUCGAGAAAGAGCUGCAGGAAUGUACUCCGCUUUACCUUACGCUCUUGCACAGAUGAUAGCUGAAAUCCCAUAUGUGUUUGUCCAAACGUCAUAUUACACUCUCAUAGUGUAUGCCAUGGUGAGCUUCCAAUGGACAGCGGCCAAAUUCUUCUGGUUCUUCUUUGUGAACUUCUUCUCCUUCCUAUACUUCACAUACUAUGGAAUGAUGACCAUUUCAAUCACACCAAACCACCAAGUAGCAGCCAUCUUCGCAGCCGCUUUCUAUGCUCUCUUCAAUCUCUUCUCCGGUUUCUUUAUACCAAAACCGAGAAUACCCAAGUGGUGGAUUUGGUACUAUUGGAUUUGCCCAGUGGCAUGGACAGUGUACGGACUGAUUGUGUCACAGUACGGUGAUGUUGAAGACACCAUUAGUGUUCCUGGGAUGUCAAUUAAACCCACAAUCAAAUGGUACAUAGAGAACCAUUUUGGGUACGACCCAAAUUUCAUGGGACAAGUUGCUGUAGUUUUGGUUGGCUUCAGUGUCUUCUUUGCAUUCAUGUUUGCUUACUGCAUCAAGACAUUGAACUUUCAAUUGAGAUAGAAGAUAGUUUAAUGGAAAGAAUUUUUGUUUUGUUCCAAGUUUGGUUACAUAUUAGACAAAGUUUCUUGAUGUAAAUAUGUAUUAUCAUAUAGUAAAGUAUAUAACCCCAAGAUUGAAACAUUGGCAAUUCUUCAAGACUGGAAUUGUGA